GUUUCAGCAGGCUCCCACAUGUGUUGGCGUGUACGGGGGCGGAGCCUGGACACGUAUAAAGCCCCCGGACUCGGUCCGGGCCUCACUCUUCUGAGAACGCCAGGACCGUCCCCAUCAUGUCCUACUACGAGCACAUCGUCUUGGACUACGACUUCAAUGACACGGGUUCUGGUUCCGGUUCUGGGGACGUGGGAGCGGAUCUGGAGGAGCCGUGUAACGUGGCACACGUGAUGACGGCCGGGCUGCAGCAGGUCUUCCUGCCCGCCGUGUACGCCCUCAUCUUCCUGCUGGGCAUCACGGGGAACGGCCUGGUGGUCGUCGUGCUGGGCUGCCAGCGCAGGUCAAAGUGCAGCCUGACGGAUCGGUACCGCCUCCACCUGUCUGCGGCGGACCUCCUCUUCGUGGUGGCGCUGCCGUUCUGGGCGGUGGACGCCGCCCUGGCCGACUGGCGUUUCGGAGCAGCCACCUGCGUCGGCGUGCACGUGAUCUACACCGUCAACCUGUACGGCAGCGUGCUCAUCCUGGCGUUCAUCAGCCUGGACCGCUACCUGGCGGUGGUGCGAGCCACGGACACCAACACGGGGGGGCUGCGGCAGCUGCUGGCGCACCGGCUCGUCUAUGUGGGUGCCUGGAUGCCCGCGGCGCUGCUGGCGGUGCCCGAUAUGAUAUUCGCCCGGACUCAGGAAGGAGGAGAGGGCUCAACCCUGUGCCAGCGAUUCUACCCACAAGGCAACGCUCCUCUCUGGGUGGCGGUGUUCCACCUCCAGCUGGUUCUGGUGGGUCUGGUGAUCCCCGGCCUGGUCCUCCUGGUGUGCUACUGCGUCAUCGUCAGCAGGCUGACCCGCGGCCCUCUGGGAGGCCAGAGGCAGAAGCGGCGUGCGGUCCGGACCACCAUCGCGCUGGUGCUCUGCUUCUUCGUGUGCUGGCUGCCGUACGGGGCGGGCAUCUCCGUGGACGCGCUGCUGCGCCUGGAGGUGCUGCCGCGCAGCUGCCGGCUGGAGGCGGCGCUGGCCGUGUGGCUGGCGGUGGCCGAGCCCAUGGCGUUCGCACACUGCUGCCUGAACCCGCUGCUCUACGCCUUCCUGGGGGCCGGGUUCAAGAGCUCGGCCCGCAGAGCCCUCACCCUGAGCCGGGCGUCCAGUCUGAAGGUGUUCCCCCGGAGACGCCCUGGGACUUCCACAACCACGGAGUCGGAAUCCUCCAGCCUGCACUCCAGCUAGUCUGCUCCGGACUGCUUGUACUGUAUAUAUAUAUGUGUGUGUGUGUGUGUGUGUACUUGUACAUACUGUAUAGUACCAGUGAGGAGCAGAGCAGUGUGCUGGUCCACGACUCGUCCUCAUCUAACUCUUUCCUCCUGUAAAUAGUGUUGAUAUGAUUCUGUGCUCGUGUACCGCAACACAUGUUG